ACAAGGAGUGACGGUAUUAGGAGAGUAGCCGUGUGCUGCUGGUGCCUUAUUUAACAUGGAUUUACGCUGGUCAGGACGGUGACACGAGCCGCGGCUGCCUGUGAGUGCUGGUGUAAGCUUGGUGUCUGGCUGAGAGUGCCAGCUGUAGCCUGGGGCUGCUGAGAACUGCCAUCAACACUACAAUACUGCUACGCCUGGCCGCCCUCAACCAGCCGUACACCGGAGACAUGAGGGGCGUGACGGGCGUGGACUACACCUGCUAUCGUGAGGCGCGGCGGGCGGGGCUGAGCGGAACCUUUAGGGCUUUCCUCACCUCCAGGAUCCAGAACCUUGACUCUAUUGUUAGGAGAGACGACGCUAACUUACCUGUCGUCAAUAUUAAGGGGGAGGUUCUCUUCAACACCUGGCGCGGGAUAUUCUCAGGUGAUGGCGGUCGCUUCAUGCAGAAACCGAGAAUAUUCAGCUUCGAUGGCAAGGAAGUACUGACGAGCCCUGAGUGGUGAGUGCCUUCCUUCACCGCCCUGGCUUGAGUUGACUAGAGGUGUAGAAAUGAGGAGGUUGGGAAGGAGAGGAAGGUGCGAGAGGGUGAAUGUAGUUGUAGUAGGCAGGCGUUGUAGACAGUUUGACGUGUUUUGUG